GUGCAGCUAAACCAAAGUAGGAGCAUGAAGCUGAAGGUUACUGGGUACCUCUGAGCUGCCACGUUUGCUUUUCACUGUACAGCAAGAGCAGUCGAUUACAUUUGUUUUAUUGGGCUGAGCAAUGUUUCUAUGCCUAGACGAUAACAGGCAGACCCUGAAUUCAAUGCCUUAAGAUCAUGCCAGGUGUUAGGAUCCGUCUUGCAAAGGGCUUCCAAACUAGAAAUAACUAGGAAUGACAGAUAGCUUUAUGAAGCCAGACAACCUCUUUCAUCAACUCCGGCUGAACUGGACGUCCUUUACUCAGCGAUAGAAUUGUACGUUUGUGUAGGAUUACGGUUAAGGUCAGACAGAUUUUAAAGCCAGAAGGGACCAUUAGGAUCAUGUAGUCAGACCUCCUGACAGCACAGGAUAUAGAAUUUCACCAAGUGAUUCCUGCAUCAGUAACAUGUGGCUGAACUAGAGAGUGUCUGGGGGAAGGAGACCAAAGCCCCGAGGGCUUCCAGCAAUCUCAGAUGGCCCAGUGGAACAGGAGUGGCUAUUUCAGGAGCUCUGGUAGCAGAGAUGUGAAUCCCGACCUUGAAGCUGAAAGGCAGACUGCCUCCUUCAGUGUGGAGAGGCUCACUGCCAUAUUGGAUGGAGGUGCUGACAACACCAGGACACGGAGGGCAGUGGAGGCAGUUAUCCACAGUGAACCUGGCUUUAGCAGAGAAAACCAAUACUUCCAGAGCCAGAAUGAGAGGUAUGAAGCAGCAGUCAGAAGGUCUGUUUACCUCAAGGAGAAGAUGCAUCAAAUGGGAUGGACUGAAGACGGGCCUGAAAUUAUGUAUUGCUACAGGGCCCUUGGAGGAGACCUAGCAUUUAACAUCCACAGAGUCUUUAAGAACAGUAUCUUGGCCCUGGGAACAGAUGAACAAAUUGCCAAGUGGAUCCCACUUGCUGACAAAUACCACAUUAUAGGAACCUAUGCUCAAACUGAAUUGGGACAUGGGACAUUUCUUCGGGGUUUGGAGACAACAGCGAUUUUUGACAUUUCCACUCAGGAAUUUACACUGAAUACACCAAAGAUCUCGGCAAUGAAGUGGUGGCCUGGAGACUUGGGCAGGUCAGCAACCCACGCUGUGGUUUUUGCCCAGUUGUAUAUUAAAGGAAAGUGCUACGGUUUGCAUGCCUUCAUCCUGCAGAUCCGCAGCCUUCAUGACCAUUCACCUGCACCAGGGGUUAUUGUGGGAGACAUUGGUCCCAAAAUGAAUUUUGAACACAUUGACAAUGGCUAUCUCAUGCUGCAGAACAUUAAUAUUCCUAGAGAAAACAUGCUGAGCAGAUUCUCCCAGGUUCUACCAGAUGGCACCUACGUGAAACGAGGGUCCGAUAAGAUUAACUACUUGACCAUGAUCAUGACACGUGUUCAUAUGCUUUGGAUUGAAGUUAUACCCAUGCUGUUGAAGGCCUGCACCAUCGCCACCAGAUAUUCGGUGGUUCGCCGGCAGUCCAAGUUGAACCCGGGUGACCCAGAGGCAAAAAUCCUAGACUACCAGACUCAGCAACAGAAGCUACUACCUCUGCUAGCAACAGCCUAUGCCUUUCAUUUCAUGAACGCCUAUGUGAACGAGUUCUACAACAAAGGAUACACAGAGAUCAAACAGGAGAAUUUCGAUUCACUACCUGAGCUUCAUGCGCUUACUGCAGGCAUUAAAGCCAUAAUUACAGAGCACUGCACUGCGGGAGCGGAGAUCUGUCUCAGGGCCUGUGGAGGCCAUGGUUACUCUGCGCUGAGUGGACUCCCUCUUCUGUAUACUAAACUAGCCGCUUCUUGUACUUACGAAGGGGAAAACACAGUUCUGUUCCUGCAGACUGCCAGGUUUCUGGUAAAGUGCCUUGCAGCAGUUCACUCUGGCCAGCCCAUCCCUCCAUCAGCCGCCUAUUUGUCUUCAGUGGACUCUGGAAAGUGUCAGGCACGGACCAAGAUGGACUUUCUCAAACCAGACAUUUAUGCAGAGGCCUAUCGGCAGAGAGCAACCAGGCUCCUCGGAAAUGCAGCAACCAAACUACAGGGUUUGGUUCAGUCAGGAGCUGAACAGCAUGAGGCAUGGAACCAGUGCACAGUACAGCUUAUGCAGGCUGCAAAGGCUCACUGCCACUACAUUGUUGUGAAAAACUUCAUAGACACAGUGGAGAAACUUAGAAAUGAGGCUGAAAUCCAGAAGAUUGUGAAACACCUUUGUGACCUUUUUGCAUUACAUGGUAUCUUCUCAAACAUGGGAGAUUUCCUGCAUGCUGGGUACAUAUCUGGGGACCAAAUGGACAUGGUGACUGCAUCCUACUUGGACCUACUCGCUGUCAUUCGGAAUGAUGCAGUGCCACUAGUGGAUGCUUUCGACUUCACCGAUGAAAGUUUAAAUUCUGCGCUUGGCAGUUACGAUGGACACGUCUACCAACGCCUUUACGAGUGGGCUCAAAAGUCACCAACCAACAAACAGAUGAGCCAGGCCUAUGCACGAUACCUGAAGCCACUUUUUCAGAGUGCUCUGUCAAAACUAUAAAGAUGAACAGCUGCUUGGGACACAGACAUCAUCUUCUUUGGUUCCAUGUAUGGUGCACUAGCUAGCACACCGCCAGUGUUUUAUAAAUAAUCAAAGAGUAACACAGAACAGUUGACUGUACUGUCUGCAAACAUCAACUGGAAUUCUUAGUCAUUUACAUUUAAGAAUGGAAGGAAGCCAAUCAGUUUUCAUCUAUGUCCAUGGUUAUGCAGAGUUCCAUUAGGAACUUACCUAAUUUUUUUUUUUUUUAAAUAUGUUCACGGUAGCUGCCGAAGCCGCCGUAUUUAGCAGUCCGAUUCUCAAUGUUUUAUUACAUUCAGGUUAAAAAUAAUUACUUUCUUGCUGCCUGGGACAUAAGUUUGCUGAGCUCAUAAAAUGCCUUGCCCAGAAUCAAGGAACUUAAGUUAACAAAAGUAAUGUAAAGUCACAGCCAGAGGUUCUAAAACCAGCUGCUUAGAUUAAAGACUAUCUGCACUUAAAUUUAACCAGUCAAAACUCACACAGUAUGUGCCAGCUUCAAUUUGUGAAAAUGAUCUGUUAUGAUGAAAGCUUCUGAUACCCUUUCUGUAAACUUCAGCCUUCAACAGGGGUGUGUGAUUUAGGGUUUGCUUAUUAAAUGGAUCUGUGGUUCUCAAGUAGAAAGGACACCUAUCUUCUAUUCGGUGAUUAAACCAAGCAUUACAUUGCAAAUAAAUUAAGAAAUGUUGUGAAGUACUUAUUUUAGGAUUUUCUUGUACUGUUGCAAACAAACUAUUUUACAGGGGUCAUAUAUUGGGUCUCGCUUGGCAAGAAACAGAAGCAGCUUGCUGGAGCUUCCUCAGUUCG